GAGAAGUACUUUACUCCAAGGUUCAUUAUAAUACAGAAAAUGCAGGGUUUUCAUAAAAUUGCAAUGUCCUUGGGUUGCUCGAAGAUUCUGGAAUUCUACUAAACAUAGUAGCAGUGUAGCAAUCAACCAGUCAGAACCUCUGCAGGUGACGUUUCACUUCCUUGAUAUUUUGGCUAAAACUUCAAGUGAACACUGACUGGAUGAAACGCUUCUUAGUGUUUCCUGAUCCUUGCUUGUCUUUUGCGAGCAAUUUUCCGGAUCACUCCGACACCUCCCCCCUUUCAAAAAGUAAGACCUAUUCUUCGGAUCUACUUGCAGCUUAAUAACUGGUUUUCUGCGGCGGAGUUCCUAGAAUGUGAGAGUGGUCUGUAUAACCGGAGGAUCUAUGGAAGUUAGAAGUAGUCAAAUUGGUUUGCUAACUAAAAAUUCCCAGAACAGUCUAAUUUAAGUUAGACAGAAAUUAAUGAACACAACUAAAAGCAUCGUAUUUGAGAUUCGUAAAAGGCAUGGAGUAAGGUGCAAAGGGAUAAUUAUUACACAAAAACAUCACAGAAUCGCUGAGAGGUGAGCUUAGAACAGCCAGCAGACCAAAAUACAACAGCUUGCUUAUAUAAGUAGUUCUAAUUUAACAAACGUUGAGUAUAAGAUAUACAAAAGACCCAGAAUCGCUGAACGGAUUUUCCAAUAGGUGACAAUUCACUUUGUGCACCGAAAGCUCAGUACAAACGAACUAUAAGAUGCUAAUUCGAUAAGUUGUAAUGCAAUAUAAAAUUAAUUACUUACUAGAAAGAUUAAAGGUUUUUAACGAACGAGAAGUACAUUUCGAUCUCUAAGGAAUAGACUCAAAUUUAAGCAACCGAGCACAUUAAAUUAGUCUGAUUGGGCCAAAAUGCAAAGUGUAACAAAACGAAUGCGGUCAAUGAAAUAUCGUGAAACAGAAAUUACAAAACUAAAAAAUCACAGUAAUAAGUAAAUAUGAGUAAUGACCUUACUUUCGGUCAAAAAAUAAAUAUGAUACACAGAGAUGAAUAAAGUCACAUACGUAUUUUUAACAUCAAGUCAAAAUAAGAGUUACUGUCAUUUAGAAAACAUACAAGAGAGAUAUGCCCACACAUAUUAAUACACGCACAUAAAUGGUUUUGCAUAGAUAAUACAUUUGUUACUGCUGACAACAUAUCUGUUACCCAGUCAACGCUAAAACAUAUAUUUUUAGAAUACUUAUUCAUUCGUUUUUGAUGGGCUACAUUAACUAACCUAAAAAUGUUUUUUUUAAAAAUGCAAAUCACAAAGCUGCGGGACGUCCUAGUUAAACACGGUAGACUUAAUGUACUUCUUAGAUUUAUAUCUUACUGCCAGUAAAACCGAUGAAAAACUUGAGCCCCGUUCUGUGACAUUGUGCUGAAAAAAAUGAUUAUUCCUUGAAAAAGUUAUGGAUUUAUGCAUACAAAUGAAAAGCGAAUAGUUUUCGAACAUAGGGAACAACAAAUGACUUGAUCUGACUCCAAAGACAUGCUAUUCGUUUCUAUACAUAGAAUAGUUAAAUGCCUUCAAAUUGCUAAUCUGUCGUUUUUCAGGCAGUAUUGCGUGAAGAGCUAAAAGAUAAAACUAUGAACUUGCAUUUAAUGACAAAAGCAGAAAAUCAAAAAGCUUGCAAUCAGUUGUAACUCGUGCAAACAUGGCAUACAUUGAUCGAGAGUUAUAUCGAAGAUUUUAAUAUAUAUAAUGUAAUGCCAAUAUUACGUAAAGAAUGAAUUUUAGAGUUACGGAGUAAAGCCAAUUUCAGCGGUAGAUAUCAAGACCAGUGUGACUGGUGUUAGGUUUUUACAGAGUGAAAGUCAUUGUUGUUGGAUAGUGAAACCAAUGUUAUCAAACAAAAGUUAAAUGAAAAGUUCGAAAUUCAAUAAAAUUCUAGGUGUUGUACAAAGACUGGCAAAUACCAAUCUUAUCUCGUAUUUAACAGGUAAUUAGUAAAAUCGUAAUACAUAACAAAACGACUAUUUUUGUUCGAAAAAUAUCGUAAAAGUAUUCAAUGAAAGUAAGUCUAAAAACUAUAGGGGAAAUAGUAACGUCUUCACUUUUUUUCUUAGGAACACUUCAGAACAGCACUGAGAAUCUUCAAGACUUAAAUCAAAUCAUUUGUCGCUGAUCUAUCAAUCGAGAAUUCAAUGAGUAACUACUUUAACAUUUUCUAAGUUCAUAAUUUUUAACAAUAAACAUCAUUAAAGGUGAAUAUUUUCUUUUUUAUUGAGGUGAAUUACUUUUCAUUCAUUCAGUUCCAGUUAGAACGUUUUGUAAGUUAUUUACUAUUACUCUCUACAUACCAAUAAACAUCAAACCUAUAUGGAUGAAACUGAGAUACUUGCUUAUGAAAGAGAGAUGGAAUGAUUCAAUAGUUGAAAAAAUUCUACUACCCUAUUGAAUUCUUUAAUUAUUUACAUUUUUGUAACUUUUUUCAAGGAAUCAAGUUCUUCUUUUAAUUCAAGUGAUAAAUCUAAAGUUUGACUAUUUAAUACACAUUCCUCUUUUAUUUUAUAAGUUGAAGCAGUACGUGACAUAAGUAAUAAUUCUAAAAGAAUCUAUGACAUAAUCACAAAUCUCAUUGGUUGAGAUUUUUGUUUGUAUGUAUCCAUAGGUAUGUUUAUAUUCUUAUUUGUUCUCAUAUAUAAAGAUUAAUCUAUGCUUAAUUGUUACAAAACACCAUUUUACGUGUCAACACAAACGAUAUGGAAGUUUUUCAAAGGAUUUAAUAAAGAUAUUCUGUUUUACACAAAAUGAUAUUCAAUAUGAAGUAGAAUGAUUAAUUUUAAAAUGGUGAUAUAUCUGUGAUAUUUGUCAUGACAACAUAUUCUAUUCAACUAUUUUAAAUUUUAAACAAAAUAUAAAGGAUUUUUAUUUAUUUUUAUAAAAGAUAAUACAUAAAUAAUUAUUAUUUCAUCAAUGAAAUAUCCUAAACUAUUUAUUCAUUGUUUAUAUAUAUUGACAAUUUUCGAAUCUAUUUUAUUCAAAAUAGAAUCAUUGAACUUCAAUGUACCGAAUUACAAAAUUAUUUAUAUUGAUGAUUUCAUUUCUCAUCCUAAAUGGAUGUCAACACAUAAGAGUUUUACUUUCCCAAAGAAGAGUCGUAUAGUUCAAAUAUCUGUUCAUUCAUCGUCAAACAGUUUGUUUAUUGCAGUAAAUAAUUCAAUUAUAAGAGUUUCUGCAGAAACCUUCAUAAAAAAAGAUGAAGCUAGUUGGUCAUUGUCUAGUCAAGAUAUAUCAACCUGUUCUGAACAAGAUUCUAAUAGAAAAAUUCCAUGUAAUCAAUAUGCUGUGACUUUGCUAAAAGUUGUAGAUAAAAUAUUUCCUGGACUAAAUGAUUCACCUUUACAUCGAGCUGGAGUUUAUGUAUGUUUAUCCAAUGGAUUAAUAGCUGAAUGUUCACUUCGUCAGGCUAACAAUUUACGUGCUCCAUCGAAAAUACACUGGAAAAGUGUAGAUCAUUGUCCAAUAGAUCCUGAUCGACCAGCUGUUGGUUUUGUCGCAAGUACACAAAAUUUGUACAUAGGUACCAAAAUAGGAUCAUUUAAAAACGCUGAAAUGCGUAUUAUGAAAAUAAAUUCUGUAGAAAAUUUGAAUUCAAUCCAACCAUUCAAAUAUCCUAUUCGCACAUCACCUGAUGACAGAAUGAUAAAACAAAAUAAUAAUACAAUAUUUGUACAUAGUUUCGAGUUCCACAAUGCUGUAUACUUUUUGUUUCGAGAACUGGCUGAUGAGACAGCUGAAAGUUGUGAUAAAUCUAUUGUUGUGUCACGAAUCGGUCGAUUGUGUAGUUCAGAUGAUGGAAAUAUGUUCGGUGUUUUCAAUAAUUUUCUCAAAGCAACAAUUACUUGUCUGUCAACACCUGAAGAUGGUUCUAACAGUCUGGUAUUCACUGAAAUUCAGGCUGUGUAUGUGGAUCAAUCAACUAAAACUUUAUUUGGAACGUUCCAAACCUCAUCAUCAAUGCCAACUGCAUCAGCUAUCUGUGAAUACAGUUUGGUAGAGAUUGAGUCAGUAUUUAAUGGAGAAUUUUAUAAAAAUGAUGGAGUUGCCACAGCAACUAGGAAUGAUUAUAAUUGUGAUAAAGUUGCAUCAAAUCCAUAUUCGAAAAAUGACUAUCAUCUUAUGUUUAAAACUGUCAGACCACGAUACGACAGACCAAUUCUAGUACAGCAAGGCGAAAUAUAUACACAAAUUGUGGUCAGUAAAAUCCCAGGAACAUUAAGAAGUGAUAUGAAUAUGGUCAUUUUUGUGACUAACUCUGAAGGGAUAUUAUACAAAUGGCAUAUAAAAGAAUUCCAGUUAUGCCUUAUAGAACUAAUUUAUCUAAUGCCAAGAUUUUCGAAAAGUCUAUCAACCAAGAAUGUUCAAAUGCAAAUUAUUUAUAAUAAUCAAAAUAAAAAAAUAUCCAAAGACUCAUACAUUUUAAUAGCAAUAGAAAAUCGUCUGCUACGUUUACCUAUUGCAAGAUGCAAACGAUUUGGUGAUGAAAGAAUAGGAUGUAAACUUUUACGAGAUCCUUAUUGUGGAUGGAGUGAAGCAAAACAAAAAUGUAUUGACUUAAGUACUGAAGAAGGAAUACUUAAUAAUAUUGUAACAUAUCAUUCAGAUACCUGUGUUCAAAGUGAAUUAAUCCCAAAUAUGAAGAUUAAGAGUGAAUGGGGUAGCUGGAGUGAAUGGAACAGUUGUGAACAGUCAUCAGGGACACAUAAAAAUAACAUAUUACUGACACAAUAUUCAAGUGAACAAUUUAAAUUGACUGGAUGUAAUUGUCGUUUUCGAUCUUGUUACUCACCUAUUUCAUCUGAACCCAAUGAAAAUGAAUGUUCAAAUGGAUCUUCAGUUGAAAUCAGCAGUUGUUCUUAUAGUGGUGGUUGGACUGAGUGGUCUGCAUGGUCUGGAUGUGAACCAGUUUGUUACUCUGUACAUCAUAAAUUCAACGUAACACCAAUACGUACAAGAUACCGUUGGUGUUCUAAUCCUAGUCCAGUUGGAAAUACACAUAAAUGUCAUGGACCUGAUAAACAUACUGAAAUUUGUACUAAAGAAAUUAACAGGUGUUCCAGUGAAACAACACCGAUAUUCGAAUGGACAUCUUGGUCGCAAUGGACUUCGUGCACAUCAUCGUGUAAUGGUGGUAAACAAUUUCGUAGACGUAUUUGUAAAGAUAAAAAUGGUUUAAGAACUGAUUAUGCAGAAAAAUUCACUUUGGAUGAAGUGAAAACAUUACUUAAAGAUCAGUCAGAGAAUACAAAUCAAUUAAUGUGCAUGGGUAGAGCUUUUGAAGACAGAAAAUGUAAUACUCAUCCAUGUUCAACGACAAAAAUUUUGUCUACUUGGAGUGAGUGGUUCAUAACAGAUGAGAGUAAUGGGAAAGAAAACGUGCAAAGGAGAUAUCGUGUAGAGUGUUCGGCUAAAUUACCAGAAUCCGGUAGUUUUCAAGCUCAAAUCGAUACUCAGACUCGAAUCUGUAAGAUCGACAAAGAUAGUCAUGAAAUUAAUUGUGAAGAUCUUGAUAAAUCAUUUGAAAAUUUUGAAAAAUUCCUACCAGUUUUGUCAGAAAGUAUAAGCAAUGAUUGGUCAUCAUGGACUGAAUGUUCACAACCAUGUGGCGGUGGUAGCAGAUUUCGUAAAAGAAUUAAACCAUUUUUAUUACGUAACACAAUGGAUAAACUUACUAAAAAUGAUUACGAGAUAGAACAUGAACUAUGUAACUUACAAUCAUGCACAGGUUAUUGGAGUUGUUGGUCAGAAUGGAGUAAAUGUUCAAAAACUGAACCUUGUGCUCAACCAAGAGGAGUGCAACGUCGAUUUAGAACAUGUAUUAAUCAAUUUAAUUCACCUGUCAGCGAAAUGACACAGAUACAUAAUACAAGCUUAUGUUAUGGUGGGUUUGAACACAGUGUACAAACAGUCCCAUGUGAACUGGAAAUUAGUGAAACCAAUUGCUUACAACAACGGCUAAAUCAAGUUCGAUAUCGGAAGCGAUCAGUCGAAGUUGAACAACUUGACAUAGAAAAACCUUUGGAUUCGCCCGAAUGGGCUAUUUGGUCAGAAUGUAUAACUGUAGAGCAUAUGUCGUAUCCUAUACGAAUGAGAACAAGAAAAAGCUGUGAAAACUGUGAGUGGAUUCAAUUUGAACGCUGUGAUACUAAGAAGCCUGUUGCACAUCAAGAAGGCUUAUUAAUUGUUUUCAAUCGUAUAAAAAUUAUCAAACAUUAUCAGGACAAUAGACGUCCGAUGACAAAUGGCGAUAAAUCUGGUUAAUUCAACUUAUCUUACUGAGUUGGGGUUCAAGUGAUUACAUAUAAAGGACGUUUAAGACAUUAAAAUUAUUAAAAAGUCCACUUCACUUGGUAUCAUUUUGAUGGUUCCUAAUUCUGAAAAUAUCAAUUAACCAGUCCAUGGACGACUGUCAAGUGAGAUUGUGUUGAGAAGUGUACCUACAGCCAUAUAUCUCGAAAUCGCCUUAAAAUCACUUAAGUGUCAGGGAAUGGUAGCUGAAUGCUGGAAGGAAACUUCAGGCAAAAGAAGAUAAAUCAAUGUUUACUUUCACUGUGUUCACAAUCUAAGUAUCAAACUUGAAAACUACCAGAAAUAGCGAUGAUUAAAUAAACAGUAAUUGAGAUCGUACCUUUACAAAUUGACGCAAUUUCGACGGUAAAAUCAAACAGUGUGGUGUGACUGAAAACUGUGCAUAUUGGCUCCAUAAAGGGUAAUCAAGUGGUAAACCAUCGUCAGGGGGGUGUACAGGGUAAAACGAUGAUGAGGCGAGAAUAUGCCGACAUAAACGAGUAAUUCUAUCACUGCCCGAGCAACUAUGAAAUUACAAGAAAAAAUUGAACAGAAAUUCCAUCUAGUGUAUCAGCUGUAAUAGAUUUCUUGAAACAGUGAAGUAAUUUUAACACUAACAAGUUAGUAUACAAUUUUGGAAUAAACACCAAUGAAUGAAAAUUUUAAUAAUAUUUUCCUCAAUUUAUUACGUUUUACCCUAUAAAAAUGUUUAGUUAGUUUACGUCAUCAAACUUAAUUAAGGCUCAUUUCAACCAGAUGGUCUGAAACAUUGUAUAAUUUGACUACAUAAUACCCAGCUUUCAGUUGCAUUUAUUAUGAAAAAAGUAAAACCGACUACAGAGUUUGAUUAAGUUCUUGUAAACGAUUGCGACUACCGUAAUUUCUAAUUACAAAAGGUCGAUAUGGCUUCUAGUACGAAUGUAAUCAAAUUUGAAAUCAAUAAGUUGAGCAACAGGCCCACAAUACCUUGACGAUUAUCCCUAGUGAGAUGGAACACAUGAAGUUAGGAGUUUAGGAAACAGCCUGAUAGUCAACGAAGUCAGAACUGUGAAAGAACAACUUUUUAGAUUAAACAAGCAACAGUGCUUUUAGUUGACGACAAAAUUAGCAAACUAAAGCGGAAACAAUCAAUCACACAAGAUCAAUGUCACUGUGCAAAUGUGAAUCGGAAAAAUCUUAACUCGAUUUCUCUUAAAAGACAAAACUAACAUUUAUUAAUAAAAAUAAAUUAAUCUGAGGUUUUCAUAACAAAUUUCGGUAGGAACCAUCUAACAAAUACAGCUACAACAGUGAGGUAUUUGUCUAAAUGAAGGAUAGUAAACAUACUUUAAAAUUCUCAUUUUGCCAUUCGGUAAAUAAAGAAGGAACGAAUUG